UGUUUUCUCAGGCUCCGGUCAGCACAGCGUUGCAUGCGUCACAGAGGAGUGACAGCGGUCACUACCUGCUGCCCGGUGCUGCUGCAGGAGGAGGGAAACCACAUCUAGAGUCUAUAGAGGGGGGGGGGGCGUCGCUGCAGCCAUGGCCAGCCAGCAGGACUCAGGCUUCUUUGAAAUCAGCAUCAAGUCCCUGCUGAAAUCACUGAGUGGAACCUCGCCGGUGGGGAACGGAUACAGUAAACCUCCCAUUCCUCCAGUCUGCUGCCCUCAGGGAGAAAAGGGCCCACCAGCCAUAAUGUCCAUCACCAUCGACCCGGAGAGCAAGCCGGGGGAAUACGUCCUCAAGAGCCUGUUUGCCAACUUUACCACCUUGUCAGAUCGCAAGAUCCGCAUGAUCAUGGCGGAGCCGCUGGAAAAGCCAUUAGCAAAGUCUCUACAAAGGGGCGAAGAUCCUCAGUUUGACCAAUUGAUAAGUACUAUGAGCUCACUGGCUGAAUAUAGUCUCCCCUCAAUCCUGCGCACUUUGUUCGACUGGUACAAAAGACAGAACGGGCUAGAGGAGGAGCUGCACGAGUACCGGCCACGGUCCAACACCAAGCCCAAAAAUGAUGAGCAGCAGAAAGAUUAUCUACUUGAACGAAGAGAUUUGGCCAUUGAUUUCAUCUUCUCUCUUGUACUUAUAGAGGUUUUGAAACAGAUGCCUCUCUACCCUGUCCUUGACAGCUUGGUCAAUGAAGUCAUUAAUGUAGCCUUUAAGCACUUUCGAUACAAAGAGGGAUAUCAUGGUCCUAACACUGGUAACAUGCACACUGUUGCAGACCUCUACGCUGAAGUCAUAGGAGUAUUAGCCCAGUCCAAGUUUCCUGCUGUGAAGAAGAAGUUCAUGACUGAGCUAAAGGAGCUGCGGAAGAAGGAACAGAGUCCAUACGUAGUGCAGAGUACCAUUAGCCUCAUAAUGGGUGUCAAGUUCUUCCGAAUUAAGAUGUAUCCUGUUGAGGAUUUUGAAGCUUCUUUUCAAUUCAUGCAGGACUGUGCUCAGUAUUUCCUCGAAGUUAAGGAUAAGGACAUCAAGCAUGCCCUGGCUGGCCUGUUUGUGGAGAUCCUGGUUCCUGUUGCAGCGGCUGUGAAGAACGAGGUGAACGUCCCCUGCCUGAGGAACUUUGUGGACAGCUUGUACGACACGACCCUCGAGCACUCGUCCAGAAAGAAGCAUUCGUUGGCUCUGUACCCUCUGGUGACGUGCCUGUUGUGUGUCAGCCAGAAACAGUUCUUCCUGAACAGAUGGCAUGUCUUCCUCAACAACUGUCUUUCAAAUCUGAAGAGUAGAGACCCGAAAAUGGCUCGAAUUGCACUGGAGUCCUUGUAUCGACUGUUGUGGGUCUACAUGAUCAGAAUAAAAUGUGAGAGCAACACUGCGACUCAGGGUCGUCUCAACACCAUUGUUACAACGUUGUUCCCGAAAGGAUCCCGCAGCGUAGUUCCAAGAGAUAUGCCUCUCAACAUUUUUGUCAAAAUCAUUCAGUUUAUAGCACAGGAAAGACUGGAUUUUACCAUGAAAGAGAUUAUUUAUGACCUGCUCAGUGUUGGAAAACCUGCAAAAGCCUUUAGUCUUAAUCCUGAGAGAAUGAAUAUAGGUCUGAGGGCAUUCCUGGUGAUAGCUGAUAAACUGCAGCAGAAGGACGGAGAGCCUCCGAUGCCAAACACGGGUUGCACUUUGCCCUCCGGGAACACACUCCGAGUGAAGAAGACUUACCUAAGCAAAACCCUGACAGAUGAGGAGGCCAAAGUCAUCGGGAUGUCACAAUAUUAUUUUCACGUGCGAAAGGCAAUUGACAACAUCCUCAGACACCUGGACAAGGAGGUGGGACGCUGCAUGAUGAUGACCAAUGCUCAGAUGUUGAACAAGGAGCCUGAGGACAUGAUCACAGGUGAAAGGAAGCCAAAGAUCGACCUGUUUAGGACAUGUGUUGCCGCCAUUCCUCGAAUCUUGCCUGAUGGGAUGUCCAAGCCUGAGCUCAUAGACCUGCUCUCUCGAUUAACCAUCCAUAUGGAUGACGAGCUCCGGCUCAUCGCCCAGAAUUCUUUGCAAAGCCUGCUGGUGGAUUUCCCUGACUGGCGUGAUGAUGUCCUGUUUGGAUUCACUAACUUCCUGUUGCGGGAGGUCCAGGACACCCACCAGGGACUGUUAGAUUCUUCCCUCAAAUUACUGCUACAGCUGCUCACACAGUGGAGACUGACCCUGGCUGCGUCAGGGAAGAGCCCUGACAACGCAAAAAUGCACUCUGUUGAGUCCAGCUCACGUCUGAAGAUGCCUGCAGAACGAGGUCCUCACACCACUGUGCUGCAUUCUGUGGAGGGACUGGCUCUGGUGCUGCUCUGCUCCUGCCAGCUGAGCUCUCGUAGACUCGCUAUUGGGAUUCUCAAAGAGAUACGGAGUCUCUUUAUGACCAUUGGGCAGUCUGAGGAUGACGAUAAACCGAUGAUGGAAGUUAUGGACCAGCUCAGCCCGCUUAUCUUGGAAAGUUUAGUCAGUGUUGCUGUCUCUGACUCGGCCGCCAUGGCUGCCGGUCACCACGUGGACCUGCAGUGGCUCAUGGAGUGGAAUGCACUGCUUGUCAACAGUCAUUAUGACAUCAGGAGCCCCUCACAUGUGUGGAUCUUUGCCCAGUCUGUGAAGGAUCCGUGGGUACUGUGUGUUUACAGCCUCCUCCGACAGGACAACCUGCCCAAGCAUUGCCCCACAGCCCUCAGCUACGCCUGGCCGUAUGCCUUCACUCGCCUGCAGAUGCUAAUGCCCCUGGUAGACCCAAACAAUCCAGUGUAUGCAAAGAAGACAAGUAACCCUGGAAGUGGGGAUAAUUAUGUAACCCUAUGGAGAAACUACCUGAUCCUUUGCUUUGGGGUGGCCAAGCCCAGUAUAAUGAGCCCCGGUCAUCUGAGAGCGUCGACACCUGAGAUCAUGACUCCUACGCCUGACAGCGGUGUCAGCUACGAUAACAAGGUUAUCGGAAGCCCAUCUGUGGCUUGGCUCCUGAAACAGUUGGUCCCACUGAUGAGGUCAGAGAGCAUCGAGUUGACAGAGUCAUUAGUUCUGGGAUUCGGUCGCACCAAUUCCCUCAUAUUCAGGGAGCUUGUGGAGGAGUUACACCCCCUCAUGAAGGAGGCGCUCGAAAGACGACCAGAGAACAAGAAGCGGCGUGAGCGGCGGGACCUCCUGAGACUGCAGCUGUUGCGCAUCUUUGAGCUGCUGGCGGACGCAGGCGUGAUCAGUGACAGCACAAAUGGAGCUUUGGAGCGUGACACCCUUGCCCUCGGUGCUCUGUUCCUGGAGUAUGUGGAUUUAACUCGGAUGCUGCUGGAGGCAGAGAACGACAAAGAUGCAGAGAUUCUGAAGGACAUCCGAGCUCACUUCAGCGCUAUGGUGGCCAACUUCAUCCAAUGUGUACCAGUGCACCAAAGGCGCUUCCUGUUUCCACAGCAAAGCCUUCGGCAUCACCUCUUCAUCCUCUUCAGUCAGUGGGCCGGACCUUUCAGCAUCAUGUUCACUCCUCUGGACCGCUACAGUGACAGGAAUCACCAGAUCACAAGAUAUCAGUAUUGUGCACUAAAGGCCAUGUCUGCUGUGCUGUGCUGCGGCCCCGUCUUUGAUAACGUUGGCCUCUCUCCAGAUGGAUAUCUUUACAAAUGGCUGGAUAACAUACUGGCCUGCCAGGAUCAGCGGGUCCACCAGCUUGGCUGUGAAGUCAUUGUCCUGCUCUUGGAGCUCAAUGCUGACCAGGUCAACCUAUUCAACUGGGCCGUGGAUCGCUGCUACACAGGCUCCUACCAGCUCGCUUCAGGCUGCUUCAAAGCCAUCGCUACCGUCUGUGGCAGCAGCAAAAACUACACAUGUGACAUAGUAACGCUGCUGAAUCUGGUGCUCUUCAAGGCAUCAGACAGUAGCAGAGAAAUCUAUGAGAUUUCAAUGCAGCUAAUGCAGAUUCUUGAAGCUAAGCUGUUCCAGUAUUCUAAGAAGAUUGCAGAGCAGAAGCCAAGCAGUAUUCUGUUUGGCACCCACGGUCCGCUGCCACCUUUGUACAGCGUCUCUCUGCCUCAGCUCUCCAGUCAGCUGGCCAGGAUGUACCCAGAGCUCACGCUCCCUCUGUUUUCAGAGGUCAGCCAAAGGUUUCCCACCACUCACCCCAAUGGGAGACAGAUCAUGUUGACAUACCUUUUGCCGUGGCUUGGGAACAUUGAGCUGGUCGACAGUGGCUUGCUGCUUCCAGUCCUCACUCCGUCCACCCCGAGCUACGACUCCCCCUGCCAACUGACCGGCACAGGUUCAUCCCACCAGCUGAAAGGGACCGGCUGGGGAUCAUUACAAGCUACAUCCAUGGUCCUCAACAACCUCAUGUUCAUGACUGCCAAGUAUGGUGACGAACUACCUGGAUCAGAGAUGGAGAAUGCUUGGAAUGCUUUAGUCAGCAAUGAAAAGUGGAGCAACAAUCUGAAAACCACGCUGCAGUUCCUCUUCAGCUUAUGCGGCGUCAGCAGUGACACCGCCCUGCUCCCAUAUAUCAAGAAGGUUGUGAUUUAUCUCUGCCGAAAUAACACAAUCCCGGUCAUGGAGGAGCUGAUAUUCGAACUUCAACAAACAGAUCCAGUCAAUCCUGUGGUGCAGCACUGUGACAGCCCUCCUUUCUAUCGCUUCACUGCCACCAGCAAAGCCUCUGCAGCAGCCUCAGGCACAACAUCGAGCAGCAAUACUGUUGUGGCAGGCCAGGAGAGUUUUCCCGACACAGAUGAUACCAAAACAAUGAAGGAGAAUGAGGAAAGGCUGAGUCACAUCAUGCGAGCACACACCCGUCUGGAAUCACGGUACAGCAACAGUUCAGGAGGAUCCUAUGAUGAAGAGAAGAGUGAACCUCUCCCUCCCUAUGCUGACUGGCUCUUGGUUGUUGUUGAGACCAACCAGCCCCAUCCUCUGCCCAUGCCCCUCAGUGGAGGAUGCUGGGCUCCACUGGUGGACUAUUUACCGGAAACCAUCACUCCCCGGGGACCACUGCACAGGUGUAAUAUUGCAGUCAUCUUCAUGACAGAGAUGGUGGUGGACCACAGUGUGACAGAGGACUGGAGCAUGCAUCUGUCAUUACUGCUCCAUGCCCUUUUUUUGGGCAUGGAUCACUGUCGCCCGGAGGUUUUUGAGCACAGCAAACGUCUCCUCCUUCACCUGCUCAUCACAUUGUCCUGUAACAACAACUAUCGGGCCAUUGCAUCAGUCUUACUGCAGACCCGCGAGAUCAAUGUCGGCAAAACACUGACCUGCAAAACCAGCCUGCAGCCAGAAUAUUUACCAUCCGGAGGGUACGACUUCUUGCGGGAGGGCCAGUCAUCUCCUGUACCAGACUCUGGCUUGAGCUCCUCAUCCACAUCGUCCAGUUUGAGUCUUGGCGGCAGCAGUAACAACCUGCCGGAGAUUACACAGGACAUGGAGGUGCUGGUUGGCUCCAGUAAAGUCAAUGAGAAGACGAACAAACUCAUUGAGUUUUUAACCACAAGGCCUUAUGGACCACUGUGGUGCCAUGAAGACAUCUCACCGAAGAACCAAAUGUCAAAGAGCAUGGGGCAGCUGACAAACUUCCUGAGACACGUGGUGUCUGUGUUUAAAGAGUCUAAGUCAGCGUGCUACCUGGAGCAGCAGCUCAGUGAGGUGGCUCUGCAGACGGCUCUGUGCAGCUCGUCCCGCCACUACGCCGGACGCUCCUUUCAGCUCUUCCGAGCCCUUCGCCAGCCCAUUUCUGCCCACGCUGUUUCCGACCUGCUUGCGAGGCUGGUGGAAGUCAUCGGUGAGCACGGAGAAGAAGUGCAGGGCUAUGUGAUGGAAGUGUUACUCACACUGGAAUCGGUGGUGGAUAACUUGGCUGAAUGUCUCAAAAACAAUGAUGUCAUGGCUAUCCUGACAAGAGCAUCAUCUCCAGAUUUUCUCACCAGUUUCAAGCAGCUGUCCAACAGAAAGAGCACCGGACAGCUCAACCUUCGCAGAGAGGAGCGGAGCAGGCACCAGAGGAGCAGUUCAGUUCCCAAAAAGUUUGGAGAGGCAGACAGGUUGUCUGAUCCCCCCCGCAGUGCCACGCUGGACCGUAUACAAGCCUCUGAGCAGCAGGUUCUGUUGGCCAAUAUCCGCAGUGCAUCUUCCUCUAAAGAAAACAUCAACGACCCCACGAGCAUCAACCACCCCAACAACCUCCUGGCCACCAUCUUCUGGGUAGCCGUGUCACUGAUGGAGUCCGACUUUGAAUUCGAGUACCAGAUGUCUUUAAGACUGUUGAAUAAGCUGCUAGCCAACAUGUCGCUGGACAAAGAGGAGAACCGAGAGAAACUGGAGAAACUGCAGAGCCAACUGAAGUGGAGCAGCUUCUCUGGGCUCCAGCAGCUGCUGCUGAAGGGCUUCACCUCAGUGACCACCACUGACCUCACGCUGCAGCUGCUCUGCCAGCUCACACCUGUGUCCAGACUGCCCGUGGUGGACACGUCCCAAGCCAUAGGUUUCCCCUUGAAUGUUCUCUGCCUACUUCCACAUCUUGUGCAGAACUUUGAUGCACCAACACAGUUUUGUCAAGAUGUUGCUGAGAGAAUAGCCCAGGUGUGUGCCGAGGAUAAGAAUGCCAAGCUCACCAGCCUUGCUCAUGUUAUGACGCUGUAUAAGACACACUCCUACACACGAGACUGCUUCUCUUGGGUCAACGUGGUGUGUCGAUAUCUCCACGAGGCAUUCUCCGACAUAACCCUGAGGCUGGUCACUUAUAUGGCGGAGCUGCUGGAGAAGGGCCUCCCCACUAUGCAGCAGACACUUUUGCAAAUCAUCUACAGCCUCCUGAGUCACAUGGACCUGAGUGGAAUUCAGGCCAAACCGUUCAACGUAGAGGUGCUCAAGACAAUCGAGAAGUUUGUCCAUACUGUCCAUUGGAGGGAAGCUCUGAAUAUCCUUAAGCUGGUGGUUUCUCGCUCAGCCAGUUUGGUUCAGCCUUCCCUCGCGCAGAGUGACCUCUCCUAUGAGGACAACAGCCGACUCUGGGACCGCUCCUCUAAGGCCUUGCCUGGGAAAACGCUGGAUUUCCACUUUGACAUAUCUGAGACUCCGGUGAUUGGUCGGCGUUACGAUGAUCUGCAGCGCUCUCCUGGUCACGAUGCGAAGAGUAUCACCACAGCAGUGACCCGCAGCACCUCCUCCACCUCCUCUGGAUCCACCUCCAACAAUGUCCUGGUGCCAGUCAGCUGGAAGAGGCCUCAGUCUUCACAGAAAAGAACACGAGAAAAACUGGUGAAUGUGUUGUAUCUGUGUGGUCAAGAAGUUGGCCUCACCAAAAAUCCUUCGGUGAUCUUCUCCAGUUGUGGGGACCUGGAGCUCAUGGAGCAUCAGCCCAGCCUUGUGUCAUCGGAUGAAGGGACCCGGGAGUUAGACAACAUGGAUGACACCACCUCAGAGCAACAGUUCAGAGUCUUUAAAGACUUUGACUUCUUGGAUGUUGAGCUUGAAGAUGGAGAGGGAGAAACUGUGGACAACUUUAACUGGGGUGUCCGCCGGCACUCUGUGGAUAGUCUGGACCAAAGUGACCUCCAGCCCCUUGAGGAGAGUCAGUUGUCCAUAAGCAUGCCCAGCCUCAGCAAGCUCACCCAUGAGGACUCAGACGAGUCUUCCGAAGAAGAUUCCCUCGCUGCCAGCCAGACACUUUCCCACUCACACAUUACUGUCAAUUUGUCUCCAACAACAGAUAUCAGUGGUAUGGACACCUCCUCUGCCUUUUUUUAUUCAACGUCAGCAGAUUCAACUCCUCUGAGCUCCAAAAAUCCCAGUUUCGAGGUCCAACUGCCAGAGGACUCGAAGCAGCGGCAUGAAGAUUCACAAGAAGAUGAAGAUACAAAUGUCCAUGAGGAGGAAAUCUCCCUCUCAAUCACAGAGCUUCCUCCUGAGUGUCACUGUGAUGAGGUUCUGAUGGCUGACACGGUUUACAGUGACUGCAGAGCAGAACUAGACCUGGACGGCUGCCUGCCACGGCUUGCUGAGGAAGAGAAGGAUGACCUGCUGGAGUUACGCUCUUCACCGCCGCCAUCUCCCUUCUUCUCUGCCAUUAUCGCGGCGUUCCAGCCGACAGUGUGCGAUGAUGCUGAGGAGGCCUGGAGAAGCCACAUCAACCAGCUCGUGUGUGACUCGGAUGGGUCCUGUGCUGUCUACACUUUUCAAGUGUUUUCCUCACUCUUUCAGAGUAUCCAGUCCAAAUUUUGCUUCUUGACUUGCGAUGCUGUGAGUUACCUUGGUGAUGGCUUGAGAGGAUUAGGAUCAAAGUUUCUGAUGUCCUCACAGAUGCUGGCAUCAUGCUCCGACUGCCCAACUCUAUUUAUUGAUGCUGAUACAAUCAUGUCUUAUGGACUCCUUGAAAAAAUCAAAUUUAGCGUGUUGGAACUUCAAGAGUACCUGGACACUUACAACAACAGGAAGGAGGCGGCUGUCACUUGGUUGAACAACUGCAAAGCUACAUUUCCCAGGAGUCCUGGAGGCUCAGUUAUAACAUGUCAACCCAUGGAGCAUGAGGAGCAGCAACUGGAGCUCUGUCAAAGACUCUACAAACUCCACUUUCAGUUGUUGCUGCUUUUUCAGUCCUAUUGUAAGCUGAUUCAACAGGUCCACUCAAUAAGCUCCAUUCCUGAGCUCACAAACAUGUCCAGAGAGCUAAAUGAGUUGAAGAGCAGCCUGAGGGUAGCCGCCGCCUCUGUGACAAAGGAUGAAGCUGCAGCCUGUAAGAGCUCCUGUUCCGAGUCCGUCUUCAGCUCCUCUGAGGUUGCAGUGCAGGCCAUCUUGGAGGGUCUAAAGAACAAUGAGUUUUCAACAGCCAUACGCUACAUUCGUGAAUGCAGAACAACAUGGCCUAAUGACAUAUUUGGCAGCCACUCUGAAGAUGAGGUUCAAACACUGUUGAAUGUUUACUUCAGGCAUCAGACUUUAGGUCAGACAGGGACUUUUGCACUGGUGGGCUCAAAGCAGGAUCUCACGGAAAUUUCCGUCAAGCUGAUGGAACUUAAUGGAGAGACUCGGGACAUGAUCAGACGAGCCCAGGGAUACAGAGCAAUCACAGCUUUUCUUCCAGACUCAAAGGUUUCGGGUUCAACUCUCUGAGAGUUUGACACCUAACUGCACAGCACCUAAAGUCUCAACCUGUCUGGGGCAGCUGCUCUCAUUUCAGCUAUUCAUAGGAACUCUGCACUCUUCUGGGAGUAACCAAAAACUAAUUUCCUGUUAUUUCUCACAGAGUACAUCUGAAUGUCAUAGACUCAGAUCUUCAGACGUGUGGCAGUACUGUGGUUUUCACACAGACCAGUGACUUCACUGUUAUAACACAGUUAGUAUUUUCUUGCACUAAUAAAACAAAGCAUCACAAAGCGACCGCAUGCUAUUCAGGUCAUAAACUGUCACAUUUAACAAACACACCAAAGUUGAGUCUAUCUUCAUCCGUUGUAUUGUUUAAUUGUAAAGGGAAAAUGUGCAAUUCAUCAAGGAAGUGGAAGACCCUUUCUGUCUCGAGAGAAUGUAUUUGCAUAUCAUAAUGUUGGAAAACACUGUUUGCAAAGAAAAAGGGAGGCAUCAGCACUUGUGAAAGGCUUGGGUCAUUUGUGUGUAUUUCUGCGUGGGUGUCAGUGUGUUGUGAAUGUGCUUGAGUGUGUGAAUUUAGGUAUGACAACCAUCACAGGUGGAAUUACUGAUUCUGACUAGUAUAAGUGAUAAAGAUUCAACUUCUCUGACAUGCUGCAAAUCUACUGUAAUGUCUCACAUCUCCAGUGGGGGCCGUGGGGAUUGUUACAUAAACCAUCUUACUGUACUUUUUAACUGUGCAGCUUUUUGCAAAUAGGAGAAUUAUUUAUAUUUUAAGCAAGAGAUAAACAUAACUUUAUCAGACUAGAUUUAUAGAGAGUAAAUAUACUGUUUCAUCUGUUAAACUUGCCAAGCUUGCAAAUUAUGUGCAGUCUAAAAUACAUAGAAAUUUUGUGAUGAAAUAUAUAUAACUAUUUUGACUGAUCAAUUGUACAUAGUUAAGUGAGAGCUUGGCUCAGACUCAUAAGAUUGUAUUUUUAUUCUGUUAAACUUUGAGUUGCGUUUAGAAUGAGUAUUUACAUAUUUGUACAGCUUCAACCAGAGCAAGCUUAGCCUCUCUUUCCUUGUAUAUACUCCUUCCUUGGCAAUGUAUUUUAUUUUGUUGAAAACGUAUGCAACAAUAAAAUUUACAUUUGUUAACUGUUGGCUCCUUUUGUGAUUGUGGU